GGACCACGGAGCGGGUGUGCCUCGUGCAAGGCACCGCAGAAGCCCUCAAUGCUGUUCACAACUUUAUUGCUGAGAAGGUUCGGGAAAUCCCCCAGUCUGUGGUGAAACCCGAGUCGGUCAAUAUUCUGCAGCCCCAGACAACCAUGAACCCCGAUCGAGCCAAGCAGGCCAAGGUGAUUGUUCCAAACAGCACAGCUGGGCUGAUUAUUGGCAAAGGGGGUGCCACCGUCAAAGCCAUCAUGGAGCAGUCUGGCGCUUGGGUACAGCUGAGCCAGAAACCUGAAGGUAUCAACCUCCAAGAGCGCGUGGUGACCAUCAGCGGUGAACCCGAACAGAUCCACAAAGCCGUCGACAUCAUUGUCCAGAAGAUCCAGGAGGAUCCGCAAAGCAGCAGCUGCCUCAACAUUAGCUAUGCCAACAUUACAGGCCCUGUGGCCAACUCUAACCCAACUGGAUCGCCCUAUGCCAACUCCACAGACGUUCUACCAGCUGCCGCCGCCGCUGCCACCGCUUCAGGCCUGCUGGGCCACACCAGCCUUGCUGGAGUUGGAGCCUUCCCAGCUGCCCUGCCUGGUUUCUCCGGCAGUGACCUCUUGGCCAUCAGCACAGCUCUCAACACCUUAGCGAGUUAUGGAUACAACACCAAUUCUUUGGGGCUCGGCCUCAAUUCCGCUGCCGCCUCUGGGGUGCUGGCAGCUGUUGCUGCCGGGGCAAAUCCAGCGGCGGCUGCUGCUGCUAACCUCUUAGCUUCGUACGCCAAUGAAGCUUCUACUAGUACCCCUGCCCCAGCUGGAGCAGUUGGCGCCUUCACCUUGGGCUCUUUAGCUGCAGCCACUGGGGCAGCCAACGGCUACUUAGGGACAGCCUCCCCGUUGGUGGCUAGCUCUUUCCUAGCCACCGAGAAGCUCGUGGAAAGCGCCAAAGAUAUGGUGGAAAUUGCAGUGCCGGAAAACCUAGUGGGUGCCAUUUUGGGGAAAGGCGGCAAGACGUUGGUUGAGUAUCAAGAGCUGACAGGGGCCCGCAUCCAGAUUUCCAAAAAGGGGGAGUUUAUUCCAGGUACCAGGAACCGUAAAGUCACCAUCACUGGCACGCCAGCUGCCACACAAGCCGCGCAGUAUCUAAUCAGCCAGCGAGUAACAUAUGAGCAAGGAGUCCGAGCUACCAACCCACAGAAAGUGGGAUAAGCGAAGGCUGAAGAGAAGGCUGGGGGAAGAGUAGAUUCAAAUCAGUCCUUUAAUCAUUAAAAUUGUAACCUCCAUGACACCGGCCCCUGCCCAGUGUCCAUCUCUCUGUCACACACACACACACACACAAACACACACACAGACACCCCUCUGGUUGGGAAACAGCCCAGCAUAUGUUCUGCCGGAACUUUAUUUCACCAAUGGUGUGGCCUGAUUGUGUAUAUAUAUCUAUAUAUAUAUGGCAACGUUUUCUU